AUGGUGUCUUUUGCAUUGCUUGUGGAAUUUUCGGUGCUAAAAGUGUCCAAGGGGAAGUUUGUAUGCAAGCCUUUUCGUGAUUGGAACAAGAAAGGAGAAAAAGCAAAGGAGCACGAGCAGUGCUUAUACCAUCAUCAAGGCAUUGAGCAAGAUGAUAACUUCAAGCGAACCUUGGAGAAUCCAGAUACUACCAUUACUGCACAGUCGGACACCCGCAGGGCGGCCAAAGUCGCGCGUAAUCGUGCUGUCCUGAAGUCCAUUGCUUCUGCUGUGUUGUACUGCGCCAGACAGUGCAUUGCUUUACGUGGAGACGCAGAGAGUGUGGAAUCACCUGGAAAUCCAGGUAAUUGUCUUUCUUUGCUGAGGCUUCUGGCAGUGCACGAUGAAGAGUUAAGAAGGCACUUGGAAAUUCCUGCAAUGCGCUGUGCAACUUACCUUUCUCCUCAAACACAAAAUGAGCUGAUUAAAGUCAUGGGAAACCACAUCCUCUUACAGGGAAUAAUAGGUGAUUUGACAGCUGCGCUCUUUUGCGCCAUCCUUGCUGACGAGGUAACUUCGCAUAACGUUGAGCAUCUUGCCAUCUGCGCCAGGUUUGUUGACAGAAGUACUAAAGAGGUCAGAGAAGAGUGUUUAACGUUUUUGAAGUUGGACAGAAUUACUGGGGAGCGGAUUGCAGAUGGUAUCUUUGGCUUUCUGGAAGAGAAUAACAUACCACUUGCUACUAUGCGUGGUCAGGGCUACGACGGCGCAAGCAACAUGUCUUCAGAUAGAGUGGGUGUCCAGGCCAGGAUUAGACUUAAAGCUCCUUUAGCCACCUACGUACACUGCAGUGGCCACUGGCUUAACCUUGUGAUAAGCAAGUCAUGUGCUCUUCCUGAAGUACGUAAUGUGAUCGAUUGCGUUACAAAAUGCAGCCGUUUCUUUCUCAAUAGUCCAAAUAGAAGUGGUGUCCUAGAAAUGAUCAUCAACCACAAUGUGGUCAAUGAAGAGAGGAGGAAACCACUGAUCGAUCUGUGCAAGACGCGAUGGGCUGAGCGGCAUUCGGCUUAUCAGCACUUCUACCAAGGGUACGUAUUUGUGGUUGAAGCUCUAGAGAUGAUAGCUUUCCGCUAUCACUUGGAGAAAUAUGGGGCUACGUAUGCUGACUGGGACUAUGCAGGCCGCAAUGAAGCACAGCAGAUUCUGGCCAGUGUUACUUCCUUUCAGUUUGUUGUUGUGUUUGUGACGAUAUAUCAGUACUUAUCACACCUUUCGGGCAUUACUGUGAAGCUGCAGAGCAAAGCUGUUGAUAUCGUGAAAGCGCAUAACAUGAUAUCUGAAAUUGUGAGGACCUACAACAGCGAACGCGCAAACGUUGAAAGCAGCUUUUCUCAAAUCUACAAAGUUAGUUCAGACAUGGCAAAAAAGGUUGGAAGUACAAUUGCAAUGCCUCACAUUGCAGCAAGGCAACAAAAUCGCAGCAAUAUUCCAGCUGCUUCUGUUCAAGAGUAUUUCCAGAGAAAUGUUGCAAUUCCCUUUCUUGAUCAUAUUAUUAUUAGCAUCAACCGGCAGUUCUCAAAGUCGGCAGUCACAGCCAUUUCCCUACUUGGUCUUGUACCAAGUAUCGCAAGUCCAAAAACAUUUUGA